AUGGCCACGGCCGUGCUCGCCGCCUCCCUCCCGCGCCAUCGUCCUCUCCAGCGGCCGCCGCACGCCGCCUUGGGGCCGGAGCCCCGUCGCUGCGCAAGCGGCAUUGCGCCGUCGCGCCCGUCGCCGCCGCCUGCGGCCCCGCGCCGCCGCGGCAGCUCGACAACGGUUGGUACCCCCAUCGCCGCCUCUCCUGAGAAGGAUUGCGUCUCCCUCCCUGCCCCCGUACCUUUAUGGCGUCUCGCUUUACCGACGUUGCUGUGUGACCUGCCUGACGCAGAGGAGGCGGCUAGCUCCGGACGGCGGCGGGUGCUUGUGGCCGGUGCCGCCGCGUUCCUCUCCCGGCCUAAUCCGGCGGCAUUCGCAGCAGAGGCUAAGAAAGGGUUCCUGCCUGUCGUCGACAAGAAGGCUGGUUACUCCUUCCUCUACCCGUUCGGAUGGGAGGAAGUGGCUGUGCAAGGGCAAGACAAGGUGUACAAAGAUGUGAUAGAGCCUCUGGAGAGUGUGAGCGUCAACUCUAUUCCCACUAGCAAGGAGGAUAUUCGUGAUCUUGGUCCUCCGGAUAAGGUUGCCGAGGCUUUGAUAAAAAAAGUUUUGGCACCACCUACACAAAAGACAAAGUUAAUUGAGGCGAAAGAGAAUGAUGUUGAUGGGAGAGCUUACUACACUUUUGAGUUCACAGCUCAGGCUCCAAACUACACCAGACAUGCACUUGGUGCUAUUGUAAUUGCAAAUGGUAAAUUUUUCACAUUGACUACUGGAGCAAACGAGAGAAGAUGGGAAAAGAUGAAGGAUAGGCUGCAUACAGUGGUGGAUUCCUUCAAAAUCGAAAAUAGAAUAUGA